AUGACAACAAAUCUUGAACCUGUUCAAACAUUUAAAAUUCUUAUUGUUGGAGAGUCAGGUGUCGGUAAAAGUUCAUUAAUGGCUCGAUAUGUUCAUGGUAUUUUCCGCACACAAUAUACCGCAACCAUUGGUGUAGAUUUUCAAGUAGCCAUUAUUAAUAUUGGUGAAUAUAGAUGUCGAUUACAAAUAUGGGAUACUGCUGGGCAAGAACGUUUCCGUUCGAUAACAAAUAGUUAUUAUCGAGGUGCUGAUGGGAUAAUUAUUGUUUAUGAUGUUACCGAUAACGCAAGUUUCACUCAUGUUAAAGUCCGAUUUCCGGACGUGCAAAAUUUAUGUGAUAGAAAUGUUCCAAAAAUUCUCGUUGGUAAUAAAGAUGAUCAUAAUAGAGAAGUAAAUAAAGUUGUAUUAACCAAUGAUGCACGUCAAUAUGCUGAACAAAAUAAUUUAUUAUUUUUCGAAAUAUCAGUUAAAGAUAAUAGAAAUAUUACUGAAGUAUUUAAUGAAAUAGCUAAACUUGCACUUAAACGACGUCUAAAUCAAAGUGAAAAUUUACAAAAUAGUAUUGCUGAAAUACGAAUUGAACACAAACCAAUUAAUGAUAAUAGUACGAAAAAUGGAUGUUGUACUAUAUAA